CUUCCGCGGCGCCGCGGCUUGCCGGCUUUCUACAAAGUACGGGUGGUGCGCGUCACGUUUGUAUCGUAAAGUACGUGCUCGCAUACGCGAUGAACCAGCAUUCCAAGGUGCAGCCGAUGGCUUCCCCAACCAAGAUCGUGAGCGGCAAGCAUGGCCCGCUCGUUGGGGCCAUUGACCAGGGAACCAGCAGCACCCGCUUUUUGACGUUUGCCAGCAAAACAUCCGAGCUUAUUGCCUAUCACCAAGUCGAGAUCGAGCACAUCUUGCCGAAGGAUGGGUGGGUUGAAGAAGACCCUAUGGAAAUCCUGAAUUCUGUCUACGAGUGCAUUGAGAAUACGGUGGAAAAACUAAAAGACCUUGAAAUUGACCCUCGAGACAUAAAAGCGAUUGGAGUUAGCAACCAGCGAGAGACUACCAUAGUUUGGGACAAGGUCACUGGCAAACCUUUGCACAACGCAAUUGUGUGGUUGGACAACCGGACGACAGACACUGUGGAACACCUGCUCGACAAAAUUCCAGGUCACGACAAAGAGUAUCUGAAGAAAAAGUGUGGGCUUCCCCUGAGCACAUACUUCAGUGCUGUGAAGCUUGUGUGGCUUCUUGAAAACAUUCCUGGCGUGAAACAAGCUGUAGAGGAUGGGCGAUGCAUGUUUGGUACUGUGGAUACCUGGAUCUUAUUUAAUUUGACUGGUGGGACCAAGGGUGGUGUGCACGUCACUGAUGUCACCAAUGCAAGUCGGACCAUGCUCAUGGACAUAGAAACUCUAAUGUGGGAUGAGUACCUGUGCAACUUUUUCGGAGUGCCCAUGUCUGUUCUUCCAAGCAUACGUAGCUCAUCUGAAAUUUAUGGUAUGCUAUGUGAUGGACCACUUGCUGGUGUACCUAUAUCUGGAUGUCUCGGGGACCAGAGUGCAGCCCUGGUUGGUCAGCUGUGCUUCAACAUUGGCCAGGCCAAGUGCACGUAUGGGACUGGCUGCUUCCUUUUAUAUAAUACUGGACUCGAGAUUGUGCAAUCGAACCAUGGCCUUCUGACCACAGUUGCAUACAAGCUGGGACCAAACCGUCCUGUGCAGUAUGCAUUAGAGGGCUCUGUUGCCAUUGCGGGAGCUGCUGUUCGCUGGCUCAGGGACAAUCUAUCCAUCAUCAACAGCAGCUCGGAAGUUGAGAAGCUGGCGCUGACGGUGAACAGCUCCCACGGGGUGUGCUUCGUGCCUGCCUUCGCGGGACUGUACGCUCCAUACUGGCAGCCAGACGCUCGCGGCAUUAUCUGCGGACUGACCCAGUUUACAACGAAAGCACACAUUGCCAGAGCCACCCUCGAAGCUGUCUGUUUCCAGGUGCGCGAGAUCCUGGACGCCAUGGACAGUGACACGGGGGUGGCCUUGAAGCAGCUGUUGGUCGACGGGGGAAUGGCGGUCAACGAGCUGCUCAUGCGACUGCAGGCAGACCUGCUCGGCAUCUGCGUCGUGAGGCCCCAGAUGUCGGAGACCACUGCCCUGGGUGCAGCCAUCGCCGCCGGCGCCGCCGAGGGGAUCAAUGUGUGGAGCCUGGACAGCAACAAGUUCCCCAGCGUCACCACUGACGUGUUCGAGCCCUCCAUACUGCCGACCGAACGGGAAUCACGGUACGCCAAGUGGAAGGAUGCCGUGCGGCGCAGCAUGCAUUGGCAGGACACCCCGGACGACGCCAACCGUAAACGGCAGGGGACUGAACCAUCCUUUUAGCAAGCUGACAUGCGUGGGCUCAUCCACACUGGAGGGAUGCUUUUCCCUGCAUGCACUUCUGCACUGCCGAGAAGCAGUUAGAGCAUGGAGCCUGCACCGGCUGAUUGCAGAACUCGGAAGAGAUUUCUACAGAACUUUUUGGGCUGCGCACCAUACUCAAGGCCAUGUAGCAAUUUUGCUUACUGAGGUCCAAUACUCGGGUCAGCUAUCUGAUGGGAUUCUGCAGUACUGUUUUAUGGCGAAUUCCACUGGUCAUUUUGGAGCGCAGGGAUCAGUAGACCAGAUCCGAAAUGGAGCACGCAAUCCAAAUGGAGUCACUUCACCUCCGGGUCCCCAGUGGAAGAUGACCACUCCUCCACGAUCGGCGGAUGCCUUUCCGUCAUCCACGUUCCCAGGAAUCCCCUUCCCGCGGUCCCGGAUCUCGAAGCACAUGUUUUCGAAAUCGCGGCGCUAAUAACAGAUGUUCAACGUGCAAGCGAAGUUAUGGGGGGACACUGGCUAGAAAUUUAACUUCUGAACUACUCAAGUCAUCGGAAUGAAAUUUGCAGGGGAGAUUUAGAGUCAGAUGUAGGUGUAUUUUGGCAGACUUUCUGCUCUUUAGGACAACUUUACAUACCUGCAUAAGAAGAUGCAUCACUCUUCAUUAAGCAAUCUAUGAUAUGCAAAUGAAGCUACUAAGCAGCAUUUUGACAGCUAAAAUAUAAAGCGGGGGAUGUGGAACUUCGGGCUGUCUAGUUUCUACAGCAGAGCUGUUAAGGGCUAGGGUCCCCAGGAUCGUGCCUAAUACCAAACUCGUGUCGACACAAACCUACACAAACCUCUGGACAGCUACCGCCAUCUAUAAGCGAUGGCAACAACCAGACAGCUACUCAAAUUGCCGUUGUCGCUCGUAUAUGGUGGCAACCCUUCCAGCUAUCAGAAAGAAUGGAUAGUUGGACGCGUUGGUGGAGAUUUAUUGUAGGAAACAGCGCGCAAAACAGACGAAGACGAAGAAGAAACAUGUGAUCGUCAGGUGUGUUUCUUCGUCCUCGUCUGUUUUGCACGCUGUUUCCUAUGCUCUUAUCAGUUUCGGUUUGGACUCUGGAUGCGUCGGCCUUGUGCCCUUUUGGGGAAAAAAGACUGGGUUGGAAGGAGCGGCGGCAUACGCAGCAGCACGAAUGGGUUCGCAACCGACGUGAAGCCGCUGUCGCCUCGACUUCCACUGCGUCCACCGCUUCAGACUCCUUUGCAAAAGAAGAGCACAUCGCUCGCUUGGAAAGCCGCCGCCGACAAUAGAACCAACAAUGUAAAGGGCACUGGCGGGCCAUGCCACAGACAACUAUCGUGCCACGGAGGCCAAGCGCAAGCGCGAGGCCCGGCUACGACAGUGCUCCACGCCAGCUGAACAGUUCCAGGGUGCGACGGCGAGGUUCCGGGGGGAGUUCAACCCAUUUGGCAUCACAUGCGCCGUGUGCGACAGACUCUGGUUUGCCGGAGACGUAUCCACGAUUGGCGGCGUGUCGGACAAGAAGAAGCGGGAAACGGACGCGUGCGCGUUGCUGCUGUUUAUCGAGUUGGCGGACGUCUACAAAGAACAGGCGUGCAGAACGUGCCGAGAUUCCCUGCUCAAAGGCGCGGUGCACUGGUUCGUGACCGUGAACGGCUACAAGUACCCACCCAUACCAAAGCACCUACCGAGGUUGAACAUGGUGGAGGAACGACUAGUGGCGUCUCGACUCCCGUUCAUGUGCCUUCGGCGGUUGACGUGGUAUAACAAAGACAACCGGGGACAAUACGGUUCUCACAUAACGAAUUACCCAAUCUCACCUUAAUCCUUACAUUUAUAAACACUUCAUUUCCACCAUAGUACAGCUUCACUGGUCUUCCUUCUUCACGAGAGUGGAAAGGCUGAAAGUUUUUUUGUACCUCUAAUAUAAGCAUUUCAGGAAGAGUGAGUACCUCAAAAUAUGAGAUGCAUAUAUGUUCCAUAUAAAUUUUUUUAAAACAUGGUUGUUUUUCCAUGAGGACAUCAACUUAAAACAAAAUAAAGUAGAUAGCUCGAUUCCCCAGUAAAUUUCAGUUCAGAAGCAUCUUGAUUCUGGUGUCAAAAUGCUUUUAUCUUUGAACAAAAGAUUCCUUCGUAUGAAAUUUGCAGCAAAAAGCAGAACUGAGAAAAAUGCAUUCAAACAUUGAACUUCUUUACUUUGUUACGGCCUCAAAACGUGUUGAAAAUAUUUUAUAUCAACCUAAGUAUUUGGCUUAUGGUUAUCAAAUCUAGUUUUAAGGUUUAAAGUUAGUUUCUAAAACCAAAAACCUCAAAACUGAAAAGUGAAUUCUUUAAAAAAAAUUUUGAAUUUCGGCCCAUGUCCCCCCUUAAUCAUUUGAAAGAUGCAUAUUGAUAAGCGAUGUGCAUCAGCAUAGCCCACUUGCCUCUCCAUCGAAAUGCUCGUGAACGCUGUCUAUGUGCGUCUCGAUUUACGGCCUCUUCUACGGAGGUCUGAGAAGGCAGUCAAAUUCAUGCGGGACAUACAAGCAAUCCUCGUCGUCACUGCUACUCGAACAACUUGAUGAUGAGCUGUCAUCAAGCAGCAGCAGCAGUAAAGCGGGCGACACUUCGCGGGUGGCUAUUACGAAUUCUUUCGAGGCGAGAUGCCGGCGAGAAAGGAAGUCACGUGUGCGCGCCGAUGGGUGACGAGGCUGGCUUCCGUUUGAACCCACCGAAAUCGGCGGAGCGAUAUCUCCGGGAUCUGGAUCGGAGUUCUCGAGUGGGAGCUGAUCUCAAACGACUAGCAGAACACGUCCAUCUCAGCCACGAUCACCCGGUGAAACAGGCGCGCUCCAGAAAAGUCGAUUUUGAUGCGCUCCAAAACGACCAGUGAAAUUCGCCAUUAGUUGAACAGACUGGUUUUGUUGUUGAUAUUUUCUUUUAGUUGUCUUUCUGUGCUCAAGGAAGAAAAUGAACAGCCUCAGCUAUAUAGUUUCACUCUGCUUUUCUUUUGUUUCAAUGCUCUUCGUAGUGGCACAUGUAAAAUGCACACUACCAGAAAAGAAAAAAAACUCUCUUCUCUUUAGCUUGCUUUUUUUAGCCAUAUCUUCAGUGGCUUUUUUUUCUUCUGAUUGGCAAUUACUCUACCUGCUUUUGUAAUGGCUGCAGUUCCAAGAAGCUGUGCAUGCAGAUGUAAUCAGUUUCAUUCCGACCACUAUAGCUAGAAAAUUGUAAUGUAAUGUGAGUGACACAAUCCUCAAUAUUUCUCAUAUCAAGUUUGAGGUGUAGUAUUUUUUACUGAAGUGCAACCUUCAUAUAGUCAUAUUUGUGGAUCUGGCAAUGCCAGGAUGGCUUUUCUUGUGAUUUUGUUUUUGCCUUUCUAUGCUUUAUUUUACCUAAGCUUAAAAACUGGGCGCAGUAGCCUAACUCCGGCUGUCGCCCUUGACAGGCAUGCACCCAUGAAGCACAAGCAUGACCCAGAAUUACAAGCUUGUGCUUACAGGGUUCGCUUUGUGCCCAUACUCAACGACGGCAGCAUUAUGCCUUCCUGAAUAAGAUACAUUUUGCCUCCUUUUGGCAGAGUGCUCAUGAAGCUAAACUAUGCCAGUCUUUAGAUGUGACUGCAUCCUUCCACUGCCUGGUUCUUUUGUACAAGAGCAUACUUUGCACGGGUGUCAAGCCUGCUCUGUGGAACGCUUGAGUUUGGCAUAUGUUGAGGCUAGGCUUGUUUAAUUACGGCAGAGUUUAUGCUACACAUACUGGUUAUCUCACCUCUUUUGCAUGUAAUCGACAGAGAUCUCAGAUAUGCAGCCGUGUCGGCUUGAAUGCAGAAUGCUCUUUUUUUCUGUAUUGUCAGUCUUGCACCGGUGAUUUUCGUGUGUGCUGUUUUGUUUCUUAUUUUUCUUCCCUUCCAUUUCUUUUGAAAACAAACAAAAAAACAAGCAUUUUCCAAACGCAUUGGGAGGAACACAAGUGUUCCCUCAUAGAUGAUUCCAAAUUUCAAGAUAAGUGUGAUGUGCAUGAGAAACGGUAAAAAAAAGUUCAUGAACAGCAAGCAGAGUAGUACUUGCAGCACAUGGAUAAACUUGUCUAACCUGAAGUGAUUUCACUGUCUGCUUGCUGUUUUGUAGUGUACGGGGGGCAAGCUUCUGCGUUUUCUUGGCACAGUGCGUUUUAGGUAGAUCUUGUUCAGCGCCAUGACAAGAACCUCUCGAUAGCUAUGUUUUGAGCACACCCUUUUCCCUGAGCGGCUUGUGAGCACCACCGUUCUGUUCCACGGAGUGUUGCAGGCACUUUUGGCGACUAUUAUGAUUCUGAACAGUGACUGCAUUUUAGAUUGGGCCGUGGCCUGCUCUAAUGGUGUCGUUUUUCUCUCUUGCGGGCUUGUUUAACAAGCAGCAGGGCUGACCUAAUUUCCUGCACUUCUCUUUACAACAACUGUGGCAAGCAUUAACACUCACCUUUCACAGCAGUAUGGCCUCAGUGAUGUUACCUUUAUUCACAACCUAUUCAAUAGCUCGAGGCAGCACUAGAACUGCCAGUUAUGACAUUGACACUUAAUUACAUACUUGUAAUUCUGUAAUAAUAUGUACAUUCAUAGUAGUACAGCUGUGUUCCUUGCCAUCUAAAAGACUGGACUGGCAUAGUAAUAUAUUAUAAAAAGGUUUAAAUUUUUGUUUCUGCUUUACUUUCAUUGUUUUUCACAUAUUUGAACAUGUUUUGGAGGUAUUGUGUGGCGUAUUGAGCUAGUGAUCUCUUUCUCACAGGGAGCCAGUGGUGGAUCUUGUCCUCCAUUCCAGCAGGUGCCUUCAUCAUGGCAUCAUUUGCGACUUUGCUUGUUGCUCAGUCCCUUAGUUGCAGGUAGCACUGGCUAUCAGUAAGGUAGGAUCUAAACUGCCCUUUGCUUAUCCUGCCACACAUCGAAUGCUAUGUUGUUUGAGAGAAAGCGUGGGAAUUUGUUAGCUGCGCCUGGGGAUCAGUUUCUAACAGUCCCUAAGUGACCUCCUCUAACUGUGAUAAACCUGUGAUUAGCUUUACCUAGCCGAAAUCGGAUUCUGUGAAUAAUGGCACAUGAAAGGUGUCAAUGGUAGGGUAGUCACCACGGGAACAUGUUGGUUGGCAUUUGGGGCAUUUUUGCCUUAGUUGUUGUUUAAAGAGGGUGGCGGUAUUUUGAUUUCAAUGGGCCCUUUAGGUCUGGAAUGCGCCAAUCCCACUUAAUAAAAAUGCUGGGAAAUCAA